GGCUGGCUGGAGCGGCUUGUGGUGGUAGAAAAUCUAGUGGGUAGUGUUGCGACAAGCUAGAUUAAUCAGGACAAUCUUGUUAAAUGUAUCAUUUCUUCUUCCGUACUGAGGUCUAUAGAAAGCUAGUUAUCUUUCUCUAGAUUCACCUUUUCCCUGACAAAAAUGACUUCCAAGCGCCUCCUCGAUAAGUCUCUUACCGGCAUACGGCUCGGUGGUGCGGCUUCGACUCCAACUGUUAACGGCACGUAUGCAGGGAAUACAGCCGGACAUGGCGAGGCUGUCACGGCAAUGGAUUGCGGAGUGAUACUGACAUGUAAAAAAACAUCCUCGCCGGGUAGAAUUUUUAGUCCUGUUUUGGACGAUAGCACUUUGAGAGAACACAGCAAAGAUUCACUUGUCAACGGAGUUGGUCUGAAGUCAGGGAGAGAGAAGCACCUUGACCUGAAAAAAGUGGGCUAUGAGGCGGGUGACAAGGACAAGGCCAAGGACGACGCAGACCCGACGGACGACCCCCCCUGCCGGGCUCAGAAGAAGCCAAGUCCCCCCUCGCACUACCUGGUUCUGAACGGGCAGAAGCUAGACGACCAAAUGCACUUAGAGGCCCGGACCUCGGGCCGCAAGGGGGAGGAGGCCAGGACCCGCCUGCCGCCGCCGCUCUGCCCCGACGGCCUCGCCGAGGAGGACCAGAGACUCACAAACCCCUCCUCGCACAUCCCCGUCCCCAGGAACAGGAACCCCUCAGGUCAUGCAGAUAAGGAGGUGAUGGCUGCCACCGUCCUCACCAGUCUGUCCACCAGCCCCCUGGUGCUCAACCCCCCCACAGUUGCCAACGGCUCAGCUGUAGUUCCGGAGCUGCCCAGCAGGGGGUGGAAGGAGAGCCUGUCGGCCAGCUACAGCAGCUCCACCAGCGGCAACUGGAGCUGGGACGCCAGCGACCAGUCGGUGCCCUCCACGCCCUCGCCGCCGCUCUCCAACGACGCCAGCAAGGGCUUCCUGCUGUCGGCGGGCGGCAGCGACGACGCCAGCGAAGAACACGAACACAGCCCGCACUUCCUGUUCGAGGACCCCAUACCGCGCAAGCGCAAGAACUCCAUGAAGGUGAUGUUCAAGUGUUUGUGGAAGAACUGUGAAAAGGUCCUCAGCACCUCCUCAGGGAUCCAACGGCACAUUCGCACUCUCCACCUGGGGCGGAACAGUGACUCAGACUACAGCGAUGGCGAGGAGGACUUCUACUACUCGGAGAUCGAGGUGAACAUGGACACGUUGUCGGAGGGCCUGUCCAGCCUGACACCCACCUCCCCCACCACGGCGGGGCCGCCCCCCAUCUUCCCCAUCCCGCAGCUCUCCUCCGAGCCCUACCCACUGCCCCUGCCGCCCCCCAGGGACUCUUCUUCCGGCCACCACCACCACCACCACCACCACCACCACCACCACAACAACAACAACGGGGCGCCCGUCUUCCCCAUCACCCCGCUCAGCCAAUCGGCUCCCUCCGCUCUCUGCCACAUCCGCACUGACCACGCCUAUCAGGCCACUGCCCCCGUCAACAUUCCCCUGUCUUCCGAGAAGCUUGAGAGCGAGAAUGGGAUCAGUGUGUCCUGGCAGUCGCCCCCUGUCAUAUUUAAAGGCUUACCGGGCCCCAUGACUCAAAUCCGCACGGUCAACAUCGGGGAGAAGAGGCAGCUGGCCAAUCACAACGGCCUGGCCAACAAGGCCCACGCCAACAGCACCGCCCCGCCCCUCAAACCCGCCUCUGGAAACAGGAAGCCCCGUGGUGAGGCUAAGAAGUGCCGCAAGGUGUACGGCAUGGAGAAGAGGGACAUGUGGUGCACCGCCUGCCGCUGGAAGAAAGCCUGCCAGCGCUUCGUCGACUGAGGUCCCCCUCCUGUGGGGCGAGCUGGCUGGGGCCAUGAGCCUUCCCCCUGUGCCUCUCACUCUGGCCUGGCCCGGCCCGGCCCGGCACUGGUGCUGGGUCUGGGUCUCGGCCCACUUCCUUCCUCUCUCCUCUCUCCUCUCUGGCUGGGGAACACUGUUGGUGGUGAGGUUCUCUAUCCCCCAACCAAAUCCCCACACCCUAACUCUGGGACUGACUACUUCUUUUCUUCCUCCAUGCCACCAGAGGGAGCUCCUGUGCUCCAAAAAGAAAGCAACCCUCAACCAGCGGAACACUGAAAAAUGAAAUCUUUUCUUUAUGAUACAUACAGAUGAAAAUGUUUCUAAAAGAGUUUUUUUUCUUUUUCGACAAAACAAAGAACUGGUGUCUUCUCGUAGGCAGUGUUUUUGGAUGGACUUUGCAAGUUAUUCUGUUUAUAAUAUUCAAAAGCAGCAAAGGAAAGAAAAAAAAUCAUUAACUCAAAUCCUGAUAAUGAAGUUUCAUAUACUUCGAUUUUACAUUUUUAUUUUAGGCUGUCUUUAAUGGAAGACAGAGAUUGAAGAGUUCCGGUCGCCUUUUUUAUCAUCUUUGUGUGUAGCAUUCUAUAGACAUGGCAGUUUUUACUGGUCAACAAAAAAGCUUUUGUUGUUUGUUGAGAUCGUCAUGCAUUUGACCUUGACAACGUUCAUUUGACCUUUGUUGCUGAUUUUGUGUCGAACCCAUCUGCAGUCCUCGGAAGAUGUGCGGACAUUCAAGUUUCAUAGAGUAAGGUCCUCUGCACACACCAACUCAGACACUAUUGCGGUGCCCUAAAAUAUGACAAUAUAAUUAGCCAGCAGUGCAGAGAACAACACAGGAUCCAUCUACAACUCUUAGGAGACAUGAUAUUUUGUAGUCACACUGUCCAUAGCCAGGCCUGAUGCUGGUAAAUGGGGAAUCUAUGAAAAUAACAAUGUAUACAUUUUUAGCACAAUUUCAGCAGUGGUGUGCGUAUUGGUUCCACCCAUGCACUUAAAAUCAGGUUAUUUCACUAAGUGGCUAAUCUACCUGGCUGAACAAUUGUGCUGAAUUAGAAUAAUCUGGUUUAGUAACUAGAUGGCGGAUCAUGUGUCAUGGUGGAGCUCCUGCUCUCUAAAAUCCCUCUUUUGCACUUCUGCUUCUGUGCUGAUCCCCAUCUGAUCUGAUCCGGGUCUUUGAGCCCCAGGGCUCUCUGCAUUACCCCUCCCCAAGCUAUCACAAACUCCUAGGAGAACCAAAGCUAGGACCGGCGAUCUGUAUCUACUAAUGUGCGCUUCCAUGUCUCACAACACUGUCACCAUCAGGCUUUCUUCAGACCAUGUCAGUGUACCCGGAUAGGAAGCAAAUAACGUGGUCAUUGCUGUCAGCUUGCCUAGUCUUCGAGUAAAACCAGGAAAAAAAGAUUUGGUUGAAGCACCAUCUGAAAUCAUUGAUUUUCUAAAAAAAAACACAAAAAAUAAAAAAAAACAGAUGCUCACGCACACACAGAGAUAGUACACAGAGACACAUAUACAGCCACACAUGUAUACAUAGAAACACAAUGACAUAUUUUUUUCUUGUCCUUUUGAUGUACCUCUUUACUGAUAUGCACCUUGUUUUAGAUUGGUUACGCUCUUUGAGAUGGACAGUUUUGAAUGUCCCUUUGAGCUGUAGCUGAAAUGGCUUCAGCUGCAGGCCCCUGGAGUUUCACACACAAAAGUAGUAUCUUCUUCAGAUGUUUAUUUGAGGAUAUCUUUAGCCUUAGAAUGACAUCUGUUCUUUUUUUAUCUUUUGCUUCUCUGAUUUUUUUUUUUUUUUUGGUCGUCUAUGUUGUGUCUCAUGCCGAACAGACUUCUGUUGUUUCUUUUUUUUCCUUUUUCUUGUUCAUCUUUGAUGAUGAUCACGUAGCUUUGUAUUCCGCUAAACAGAUCUAUCACUCUGCAGUAUUACUUCAGUCAUUGUGAGGUGGCUGAAUCUGAAAAAACAAAACAGGUUUUGGUCCUGCUUAGGAAAUACUCGUCAGAUCCUGGACGAGAACUGGUUCCAUGUCAUUGGUUCGACAGUCCAUUAGUCCCACAGUUGAUCACUGACUACUUAUCAGUCUUUAUAAAAAGAGACCCAUUAGUCCGACAUCCCAUUAGUCCGACCACACAUGUUAAAUCUAUGCCCAAACCAAAACAAUUCCUAACCCUAACCGUCAGUAAAGGCAUGUUCUGUCAGUAAUUGUUUUAGCAUUAUAAUUUUGUAAAUAUUCACUUUUAAGUUAACUGAAAAGCUGAAACCCAAACCAAAACGACUCCUAACCUUAACUGUCAGUAAAAGCAUCUUUUUUGCACAUGUAUUUGUUGUCUGAAAACAAAAGACAGGCCCACAUAGCCUGAGUGCCGUGCACAUCUGUCUGACUAACGGGAUGUUUGACCAAUGGGAUUCCUCUUAUGCUCCUCUAUUGUUGUCGGACUUCUGUGCUGUCGGGCUGAUUGGGCUGCCGGACCAAUGGGCAGACACCCCCCCCCCCCCCUCCCCCUAGAACCACAUGACAGCAGGGCUAGAGCUCAGGUCUCAGCUGCUAUUUGACAAUUUAGACGUUGCCUUCUUCAGACAAAAAAGCUAAAUCAGACCUGGAAUUUCAGUGUAGCAUUUGAGGCUACAUGCAGAAGACUGCAUGCUAGUCUUUGUGGACCAUGCCCAUGGUCCCCUAAAUUUGGGAAUGUUCCCAUUUUGGUAGAGAAACAAGAUUGUGUGUGCACAUCAAAACUAAACCUACACAGGUGAUCAGCACCCAAGGGUGAACCUGAGGCAUCAGUCUUUUUACAUCUCGUUUGGUGCCAUGUUAGUCAUAUAGAUGCCAAAUCCAAAUGAUAGACAGACAUCAAUUAUCUGUGAAGAGUCCAUUGACAUCCCGUGAAACUCUUCCUCAGCAUUAUCUAUUUGCUUUUAUGACACCGCUUUUUCUGUUAUAACAAAAAGCAUUAGAAGGAAGAGAAAAAAAAACAAGAGCACACUUUUUGUUGUGGAGAAGUGGAUCACUGAUCUUCUAAAUGCUGUCUUGAUUGUAGACACUUCUAUGAAUGUAGUUUCUGCUGUAUGUUGGCAUCAACUAGCUCCCACCCUGCCUCUCUCUCUCUCUCUCUCUAACGCUCUCUCCUCUCCCCCUCUGCCUCCUCAGAAGCUAGUAUUUUCCCCAGAGUGCAAAUUUCAGUGGCCUUUCUUGGUCACACACAAGACUGUUCACAAGCUCGCGUCCUCAAUUGCAAGGGUCAUCACACUCGCUCACACACCGAGCAGAGUGCUAUAUGGGACUUCUCUCAUGUGAACGAAAGCACCACCUUUUGAGCAGUCUCCAAGGCAACUAUACAACCUACGCAAAGAGAAUCGACCAAACCAACCACGACUCCAGCCUAACUCUCUGGGAGACUGCACAAGCAUUUUGGCUGUCUGUGUGUGCGUGUGCGCCGCUUUAUGUUAUCAAAUCUUUUAUAAAGACUUUUUUAUUACUUCACACAAUCUUAUUGACCCAGCUGUGCCAAUUUGUUUAAGUAUGGUGGAUAAGUAAAAAAACAGUGCAGAUAAGAAAUGUUGGUGGAGUGUUGGUCAUGGCUCGGUUCUCUUCGCUAGCCAAGUCGGUGCUUAACAUUAGCUCAAAGUGGAGCUUGGUGUCUGAAGUGGACAGAGAGGGAGGUUCCUCUCAAGGUCGCGUAACAUUUAAAAAUAUUAAAAAGUUCACUUAAAGUGCCAAUGAGAAGAACAACAUCACGAGGGAAUAUAAGAGAAAAAAAACAUACAUUUAUAAAGACAUGAAAUCGAAUUGCACUAACUUGUACUGCACAAAGACGCGUAUUUCUAUGUGAAUUUUAUUUUCUAAAAUAAUCAGAGCGCUAUUUUGAAGUCAAGAGUUGAGUUGCGUGGGUCACAACUGCCACAGUGUGCUUGAAUGGAGGGGGAGGGGGAGGGAUUACAAACCCCACCCCUCUCUGACUAUAAGCUGUUAGUGGGCGGUACUUUUUUAUGGCAUCGGGCAGUUAUGACCCCUUUUGUCUGGUGUUGCUUUAGCAGAUGAAUGUGGUCUGAGUUUUGAACCCAUUUGGUGGAAGUUUGUUUGUUUGUUUGGCGUCCAGGCUGCCGGUAUCCUGGGAUCGUGUCACUGUCCCGCGCCACACUGCUGUGCUAUGAAUGAUAAAAGAGAUUACGACUUUUGAACAUACACACAUAUGCACAAACACAUACACAAAAAAGGCACUCUAUAUCUCACAUAUAGUACAAUAGAACCACAUAUAGAGCAACUUCAGAACACAGCCCUUGAUCACUUUUGCCGUUUGAACACACUUAACUUGCCUCCAUUUAUUUUUUAAAUCUUAAUCUGCAAAGGGAAAAUAUUGCAGACAAAUCAACCAUUUGUAAUUUGUCUUGAACCUAAAGUUUCGCUUUUAUAUUCAACAUCUUAAAAAUGGCCCAGGAGCUCAAUCGGCUCCUGUCUUCAUGCUAGCUGGUCCGAUGUAUGCACAGCACCUUAUUUAAUUUCAUGUGUACUGCAAUCAAUUCAUGUUUUUAAUAUUUUUAAAAUCAUUUUUAAUAUAUUAUUUUCUGGCGUUUCCUUGAAACUAUGUUUGUGUGAUAUGCAGCACAUUAACACAUUGAAGCGUAACAACAGAUCAAUAGCUAACCAUCAUAGUGGCAAGUAAAGGCAAUUUGUUGUGAUCCAAAGUUUUUUGCUCGUUUCCGUCUAGAGAGGCUCUCUCUGGUCACAGGCUGAAAGUCUGGACUUUGCAUCAGGAGAACCUGUAAUCGGGAUAAGCGAGGCACAGCAAAGGGCAAGGUCAUGACAUUCAUUUUGGUAAAUACAUCAAGUUGAGUAUGCUUCAUCUUCCAAAUAUGCGGAAGGAACUGAUUUGUCUGUUUCAGUGUACAGUAUGCAGACACUGAAAGUACACUCAAGAGUACUACUACACCCAGAAAUGGAACAGAAUUCCAACUCUCGGAAAUAGAGCCAAUCAGACGCUUGGUAACACAGAACUGACUAAUCCCAAUGUAGGUGUCACUAACGACUGGCCAAUCACAUGUCUCCCAUCUUCACAACUGUUUUCUGGAGAAGCAAAGCUUUACUAUCCAGUCUUAUGUUUUGAAUUGCACUAAAAAAAAACUUAUCAGAGGGAAAGAGGUCACCCACUCGGAGUGAGUUGUUGGGGCAGUGACACUUCCCUGCGGAUACCGUGCAUCACGUCAGGGCUUUUCCUGGACACUACACUAAGGAAACCAUUAGGAGAUGUUUCAGUUUCAUGUUUUUGUCAUCAUUUUUUGUAUUAUGAUAUGGAAAAUAAAUCUUUUUUUGUUUCUCUUUGAUUAUACAUUUUGUUCAGUGAAUUUUUUGCAGUUUUUUUUUUUAAAUGAUUGAAAAGCUAUAGUUGAAGAAAUAUGUAAAUAUUUGUUGUAUAUUGUUGGGUUACAGGGCAGUGGGUAUAUAAAAUGAAAAAAAAAGAAACAAAAACACAAAACAUUGAAUGUAAAAUCUACAAAAAGAUACUCCUGUUCUCUUCUUAUGUUUUUUUUCCUUUGUAUUAUUCUGGAUUCACCUAUGGUGAUCAUCUUAGUUUCUACUUGUCUCACCACCCUCUCUCCAGUUAGUUUAUCAUCCGAUUCAACCAGCGACAGUGUUUAUCAGAUUCAUUUCCCUUUGUGAAGUGAGAUGCUUUAAAUGUACUCCACAAUUAACUCAAGACUUUCGUCAAGGCUCCCCGCUUUCUUUUCAUCCUUCUCUCCAAAUAUUGAUUUCAGUCAAAGCAAAUGUUUUGUAUGUACAUGUGUUUGUGUGAAUGAGUAAAAGACAAAAAAAAGUCGAAUUAGAGCCUGUACUUCGAAGAUUACAUUUACUUGCUUGUUUGAUGUUUUGUUUGUUUGUUUGUUUGUUUGUUUGCGGGUAGAAUUUGCCGUGCCCUGCACAUUCCAAUCUGCAAUAACGCUGUGCUGUCCCCUGUUGUUGUUGUGAAAUAUAAGCCCGCAUCUUGGGUUACUCAUAUGGGACACAAAGUUUGACGUGUUUGUGCUCUCGCCCCCAGUCUCACUGUCUAACCUUACCCAGUGCAUUAAGCUAAAGACCCAAGAAAUGUGUAGAGAUUUGUCUGUCGUUGAUAAUCUUUCUUUCUUUCUUUCUUUCUUUCUUUCUUUCUUUCUUUCUUUCUUUCUUUCUUUCUUUCUUUCUUUCUUUCUUUCUACCUUUCUUUCUUUCUUUCUUUCUUUCUUUCUUUCUUUCUUUCUUUGCUUUUCCCCCUAACUUGGAUCAUUCUCAUCGUCAGAGUAAUCCUAUCUUUUUGAAAAAUAGAGUGUAUGACAUUAUGUUUUUGUGCUGUCAGCUCAACAAAACACAAACUAUAUUUUGAACGCUUCCAGUGCCUCCUUCUAUGACUCUGACUGAUAAAACACUCUUUUAUUCUCUUACAGUAACUUGCUCUUUCUGGAAAGGCUGUUUUAUGUCCAAUUUGUAUUGUUCCUAGCUAAAACAAACAAACAGAAAAGUUUUUAUCACGUCUGCUUUAACUGAUUUUUUUUUUCCAACAUGUUUUAUUUGUGUUGACAUUCUGUUUUGUUUUGCAUGUCCAGUACCACUUCUGUACUGUGUUACCCGAUGGGAACGUUGAUUGUCAAAAGCGAGAGUUCACUGUAUAGUGUGGGAGGGAGGGCCGGCCCGAGUGAUGUGAUGAUGGGCGCGUGAUGAGAGUGUGUUUGUGUUUGCAGAGUUGUGAUGAUAAUGAUGAUGAUGAUGAUGAUGAUGAUGAUGAUGAUGGUCAGAUACUUACAAUGUGAUGAAAGACAAAGAGAAUAAAUGUGCAUCACGCAGCA